AUGGAUUAUUAUUACUAUGACGAACAGAUACAAGAAAAUGGAGCUGACGAUGAAGAUUAUGAAUAUGACGAUGCGGCAUUGGGAGAUGAAACGUUUACGGACGUCUGUAAAGGAUGUAUGCUGCAGACAACUCAUCAAAUUCAACAGUACAUAAUUAUUCUACUAGGAUGCGGUCUGGUCCAUCGUAUUCUGUGGCAGAUUUUGAAACAAAUACGUGAAAUUAAAACGGCAUAUCAUAUACUAUCAAUAGCUUGCGGAUUAUUAAGUCUGUGGCUCUACGUGGGACCAUCAACGUUGUACGUGAUUAUUAACAUUGUUAACAUUUGCUCCUUUGUGCGUGUGUUUAACGCUUUCGACCGAAUCGGGCAUAAAGGUUUGUGGUCAUGUACAUACAUUAUUUUCAGUCAACUCCUGGCAGAGUCAUUGUUGAAACAUGAUAAAUUUGAGUCGAUACGUGGUCCUCAGAUGGUGGUUAGUAUGAAAAUGAUAUCGGUGGCCUUUGAACUGCAGGAUGGCCGUGAGACAUUUCAAUGGAUUCCGAUCAUAGGUUAUUUGUGUAGUCCAUCCUCAUUGAUACUUGGACCCUGGGUUCCAUACAAAAUGUAUAAGGAUCACAAUAAGAUAAGUGGCAAAAAAUUAAAACAAAUUUUUAAUAUAAUACUUUACAUUAUCCUUUCCAUUUUCUAUCUGAAUCUUUCGAAUUGCCUAUUGCCAUGGUUGAAACAACUGUGGAAUGGAGGUCUUUGGUAUCGUACUUAUAUGGAUGCCCUGUCGGUUCGAUGUAGUCAUUAUUUUAUUAGUUAUCUAUCGCAUGCUACAUUAUUGUCAAACAUUUGGAGCCCUUCGUCCUCCCUGCUAAUGCCAUCGGCACCAUUUCGAAUUGUCAAACCAUUGGAAAUUGAAUUUCCGCGUUCACUAGCAAUGGCCAUACGCAACUGGAAUAUACCCAUGCAUAUGUGGUUAAAAUCGACAAUCUUUCAACGUAUGCGUUCAUCGUACGUAUUUGCCAUUCUCAUCACCUAUUUAGUAUCAUGUCUGGUUCAUGGAUUUAAUUAUUUAGUUUACUGUAUACUAAUUUCAUUGGGUCUCUUUAGUUAUUUUGAAAAUAAAUUGCGUCGAACACUGGCUCAAGUAUUUAAUGCCUGUAUAGAGUCCACACCAUGCCGAAAUAGUUGUAAGUACAAACAUUGUACGCGAAAUAGUCGUCUUCCAUGGUAUACAACACAGAGUCUGUUAGUACGUUUGGUAAAUGCUGUCUUUAGUUUUAUUACCCUGUUACAAUUGGCCUAUUUGGGAGUUAUGUUGAAUUCGAAUAAUUCAUCAGCAUCGCCCUUAGAUAAUUUGUUAGUAUGGUCUAAUAUGAAUUUCUUUGGCCAUUGGCUAGCUUCGACAAUGGCUUUAUUUUACUUCGCCAUUUGA